ACAUUGAGACCCUCCCUCCCGCUUCCUUCCCAUCAUUCGAAAUUGAUUUAUAUAUAUUCAAAACCAUUUCUUCAAUCUCUCCAAUCCAAAACUUCCUUACUCUAAUCGCCGAUUCUCUCUCCUCUCGCUGUCACUCCUUCUUUCCCCUUUUCUUCUCAGUUCUCGUAAGCUUAGCCCAACAAUUUUUGAAGAAACAAAUACCAGGAAGUGAGGUUUCUGGAGAGAGAGAGAGAGAAACCCUAAGUUUUUCUCUUCUUUGUGGGGGGUUUGUUGAUUUUUGAAUCUCUCUGGUUCGUCGGAGACUGAUUCGAGUUGUAGUGUAGUUAAAAUGGCUAUGGAGAUCACUCAGUUUCUGCUGGCUGCACAAUCAGCGGAUGCAAAAGUCCGGACAGAGGCAGAGGGUAAUCUGAGGCAGUUCCAAGAGCAGAACCUGCCUGUUUUCCUUCUUUCAUUGUCAGUUGAGCUUGCAAAUAAUGAGAAACCUGUUGAAUCCCGUAGAUUGGCUGGUAUUGUGCUUAAGAAUUCAUUAGAUGCUAAAGAUGCUAUUAGGAAGGAACAACUUGUUCAACAGUGGAUGGCAAUUGACAUUUCUGUUAAGUCUCAAAUCAAAGACUUGCUCUUGAGGACUCUUGGCUCAUCUGUUCCUGAGGCGAGGCACACUUCUGCUCAAGUUGUUGCGAAAAUUGCUUCAAUUGAGAUUCCUCGAAAGCAGUGGCCAGAGCUGAUUGGAUCAUUGCUUAACAAUAUGACACAGCAAGAUAGGCCUGCAGCCUUGAAACAGGCUACCUUGGAAACUCUUGGAUAUGUUUGUGAGGAGAUAUCUCAUCAGGACCUUGUUCAAGAAGAAGUCAAUGCUGUUCUCACUGCUGUUGUUCAAGGGAUGAACCUAGCUGAACACAGCCCUGAAGUUCGGCUUGCAGCAACCAGGGCUUUAUAUAACGCUCUAGAGUUUGCACAGACCAACUUUGAGAAUGAGAUGGAGCGGAAUUACAUCAUGAAGGUUGUAUGUGACACAGCCAUGUCCAAAGAGGUGGAAAUCAGGCAGGCCGCUUUUGAGUGUCUUGUUGCAAUAGCAUCAGCAUACUAUGAGGUGCUUGAGCCUUACAUGCAAACCUUAUUUGAGCUUACAUCAAAUGCUGUAAAAGGAGAUGAAGAGACUGUUGCUCUCCAAGCAAUUGAGUUCUGGAGCUCUAUUUGUGAUGAAGAGAUAGAGCUCCAGGAGUUUGAGACUCCUGAAAGUGGGGACUCUGGACCUCCCCAUUCUCGUUUCAUAGAGAAGGCUCUAUCAUCUCUUGUUCCUCUUUUGUUGGAAACUUUGCUGAAGCAGGAGGAGGAUCAGGACCAGGAUGAUACAGUCUGGAACAUAUCCAUGGCUGGUGGGACAUGUCUAGGUCUUGUUGCUAGAACUGUUGGGGAUGCUAUAGUGCCUCUUGUAAUGCCAUUUGUGGAAUCUAACAUUUUGAAGCCAGAUUGGCGUUGUAGAGAGGCAGCCACUUAUGCAUUUGGCUCUAUUCUUGAAGGUCCAACCAUUGAGAAGCUCUCCCCACUGGUACAGGCAGGACUGGAUUUUCUGCUUACUGCUAUGAAGGAUGGAAACAACCAUGUGAAGGACACAACUGCUUGGACUCUUAGUCGAAUUUUUGAGUUACUGCACAGUCCAGCGAGUGGGUUUUCUGUCAUUGCACCUGAGAAUCUUAAACGAGUUGUGGGUGUGUUGUUGGAGAGCAUUAAGGAUGCUCCCAAUGUAGCUGAGAAAGUUUGUGGGGCAAUCUAUUACCUUGUCCAGGGCUACGAGGAUGCAGGACCAAGUGCCUCUGUUCUGUCACCAUAUCUCACAGACAUAAUUAGUUGUCUAAUUGCAACUGCUGAUCGUACAGAUGGCAGUGACUCCAAGCUCAGGUCUUCUGCAUAUGAAACCUUGAAUGAAGUUGUGAGAUGUUCCAAUAUUGCAGAAACAUCUCCUAUCAUUGCACAACUAUUACCAGUCAUUAUGAGUAAAUUGGGUCAGACUGUGGAGAUUCAGAUUGUAUCAUCAGAUGAUAGGGAAAAGCAAGGGGACUUGCAGGCCUCUCUUUGUGGUGUCUUGCAGGUUAUCAUCCAGAAACUUAGCAGUACAGAUGAAACCAAAACUAUCAUACUUCAGGCUGCAGAUCAGAUCAUGAUUCUAUUCCUUCGGGUGUUUGGUUGCCGCAGCUCUACUGUGCAUGAGGAAGCAAUGCUUGCAAUUGGUGCACUUGCUUAUGCCACUGGACCUCAGUUUGAGAAGUAUAUGCCUGAGUUCUAUAAGUAUCUUGAGAUGGGUCUGCAGAAUUUUGAGGAAUACCAGGUUUGUGCGAUCACGGUUGGGGUUGUUGGUGAUAUUUGCCGUGCCUUGGAUGACAAGGUCUUGCCAUACUGUGAUGGCAUCAUGGGCCUUCUUCUAAAGGAUCUUGCUAGUUCUGAACUCCACCGGUCUGUAAAGCCUCCCAUAUUCUCUUGUUUUGGGGACAUUGGUCUUGCAAUAGGGGAGCACUUUGAGAAGUAUGUCCCCUUUGCUCUACCCAUGAUGCAGGGAGCAGCCGAAAUCUGUGCCCAGUUGGAAACUGCUGAUGAGGAGAUGAUGGAUUAUGGGAACCAGCUCAGACGUAGCAUUUUUGAAGCUUAUUCUGGUAUCCUUCAAGGUUUUAAGAGUGUGAAGCCUGAUGUGAUGAUGCCCUACGCUCAACAUCUCUUGAAGUUUAUAGAGUUGGUCUCGAGAGACAGACAAAGGGAUGAAAGUGUGACAAAAGCUGCAGUUGCAGUCAUGGGUGAUCUUGCAGAUGCACUUGGCUCCAACACAAACACAAAGCUCUUAUUUAAAGACUGUGCAUUUUAUUCUGAAUUUCUUGGUGAAUGUCUCCAAUCUGAUGAUGAGCAGCUCAAGGAGACUGCAGGUUGGACCCAGGGUAUGAUUGGACGUGUCAUGGUUUUAUGAAGUAGAAGUUUUAGUCCUUUGGAGUAUAGUUGUUGUCUUGGUCUGUCCUUUUUCCUUGCUCUAAAUCUGCUUUCCUUCUAGUUCUGGUAAAGGUUUUUAAGGCAUUAGGGAACCAAAAGGGGGGUUUACUACAUGUAUCUGUCCAUUCAUUAUUGCGAAUUUGGGUUUUGGAUUUUCAGGAUUUUCUUAAUCCGCUUCUUACCAUUGGGUAGAGAAAAACAAAGUUAAAUGCUGGCAGUGUUUGAGGCCCUGAAUGAAGGUGGUAAAAAAACUUGUGAAACUGUCUAUCUAAUUCAUCCACUAAUCCGGUGGUUUGUCUUUCAAUAUAAAUUUUAAGUUGUUGGAA